AUGUCUCUCGCACAGAAUAUUACCCUAAGCACUGGUGCAUCUCUCCGCCAGAUUGGGCUGGGAACUUGGUUGUCCAAGCCCAAGGAAGUUGAAAAUGCUGUCGAAAUUGCUGUCAAGAACGGCUAUAGACAUCUCGAUCUUGCCAUGGUCUACGAAAACCAAGACGAAGUCGGUGCUGCGUUGAAGAAAGUCAUUCCUUCCGUCGUCAAACGAGAGGAGCUUUUCAUGACAUCCAAGCUCUGGAACUCCUCUCAUCAACCGGCCGAGGCUGAGAAAGAGUUGGAUCAGACAUUGAGCCAGUUGGGGGUCGAUUAUCUUGAUUUGUACUUGAUCCAUUGGCCAGUCGCGUUUGUUCCUGGAAAAGGCUUGUUUCCACCUCAUACUUCCAAAGAGAACGAAGUCGAGCUAGACCUCAAGACAACGCUGGUAGACACAUGGAAAGCCAUGAUCGCAUUACCCAAGUCAAAAGUUCGCGCCAUCGGUGUUUCCAACUUUACCAUUCCUCAAAUCGAGGCUCUCAUCAAGGCCACCGGUGUAGUUCCGGCUGUAAACCAAAUUGAAGCACACCCUCUCCUUCCUCAAGAUGACCUCCUUGCUUUCUGCAAAGAGAAGGGCAUCCACGUCACGGCUUACAGUCCUCUUGGAAACAACUUGGUGGGAAAACCCAAACUCACAGACUACCCAGCCAUUGUCGAGAUCGCAAAGGCAAAGAACGCGACUCCUGCUCAGAUCCUCAUCGCCUGGGGUGCAUACCGUGGCUACUCUGUAAUCCCCAAGUCCGUCCAGGAAGAGAGGAUCAAGUCCAAUUUCCAGCAGGUCACUUUGACCAAGGAGGAGUAUGAGGCAAUCUCUGCUGUUGGUAAGGGAAACCACACGAGAUUCAACAUUCCAUAUAAUUACCAACCGAGAUGGGACAUCAACAUAUUUGGAGAGCCGGAGGAAAAGGAUGCAAGCAAUCCAGUUAACAUUGGGGCUUAG